AUGGUCAGAGAUGUUCCUUGUUCAUUAUCUUGUAUAACUGUAUGUGGAAACUUGCUGGUAAUAAUCGCCAUCAUUUACUUCAAACAGCUACACACUCCAACAAACGAUCUCAUUCUCUCUCUGGCUGUGGCUGACCUUCUUGUUGGUUUUGCAGUUUCUCCUCUUGCCAUAAAAUUCUCUAUGAGCUCAUGUCUUUAUCAAUAUAAUGUAUUCUGUAAAGUACGGAGCAGCUUUGCUGUGUCACUGUGCACAUCAUCUAUUCUGAACUUGUGUUGUAUUUCUGUUGACAGAUACUAUGCAGUGUGUAAGCCUCUGACAUAUAGGACUAAGAUAAAUGUUCGUGUUAUUGUAAUAAUGAUCCUGGUGAGCUGGGGUGUUGCUGUUGUAAUUGGAAUUAUUUUACUAAUUGCUGGAUUAAAUCAAAAAACAUGCACUAAUACGUGUUUACAUUUUGUUAUAGUGGCAAACAUUAUGGCACUUCUUCUUGCAUUUUAUCUCCCAAUGAUUGUAAUGCUGUUGUGCAUGUAUAUGAAGAUUUUCCUUGUUGCACAGAGACAGGCACGUAGCAUCCAGAACACAAAGUCUGGAGCAACUGUCAGUAAGAUGGAGAGAAAGGCCACCAAAACUCUGGCUAUUGUUAUGGGAGUUUUUCUGAUAUGUUGGUCCCCUUACUUUCUCUCUGUCACUGUUAUUGCCUUCAGUAAAGUUACAGUACCACUUGUUUUGCUGGAAUUACUUGCCUGGUUUGCACUGUCAAAUUCAACGCUCAAUCCAUUUAUUUAUGCUUUCUUUUACAGCUGGUUCAGAUCAGCUUUCAGAAUCAUCAUUUCUGGAAAAAUUAUUCAAG